UAUAAAAUUUUAAAUAUAAAAUUUUAAUAAUAUUUUUUAAAAACAAGUUUAGUGUGAUUUCGUUUUUAUCGACACUAUUUUAUUAAAUAUAUUAUAUUGUAACAAAUGAAUGAUCCAGAUGUUAAUACAGACAUUGCUAUUGAUGAAACAGUUCCCUGUCCACUGUGUGGUCGCAAAUUUUUGACCGACCGAUUGGAAACCCACAAAAAGAUAUGCAACAAAACUCGCGAAUCACAGAAACGACGCAAAGUUUUUAAUUCACACAAACAAAGGGCCGAAUUAGAGAAUGUAAACGGCUUUCCCAUUACCCCACCGUCCAGACAGACAACCAGCGAACCUAAACCAGCGGUGAACAAGAAGGCCGAUUGGCGGGCAAAACACGAAGAGUUUUUGCGUACGGUUCGGGCGGCCAGAGGCGAAAAGGUUGACGAACCGGAGGCCAACGGUGACUUAGGUGCUCAUCGGGUACCCGUCGGCUAUAUUGUGUGCGACUAUUGUGGUCGCAAUUUUUCAGAGAAAGCGGCCGACAGGCAUAUCGAGUGGUGCAAAGAGCAAAAGGCACGCAUCCCGCGCAGUGCCAACAAUGCUAAGGCAUUGGAGCGCAUGAAAGCACGUACUAAGUAUAAACCUACUAAAAAUAAUAAUAAUAAGGUGACAUCACCUAAAACGGAAUCUCCACCGAAAACAAUGUUUACCGGUAGCCGAACCUCUUCAUCGUCGACGGGCACCACAACCAGUAUGUCUCGUUCCUAUCCAUCUCCUGCGGCCCCUAAGCGUCCAACGCCACCCAAUUCACUGAAGACAUCGCCGGUAGUUAAGCCGCGUAACACUCGGCGAAUAACACCGUCGCCGCCAUCGAAGUCCAAGUUUGACCAAAAACGUAUACAAUCGUUGUCGCGACCGAAAAACACAUCGCCCGACAGUAUAGGACAUAUGCUCAAACAGACGGCACCCGUCAUGAAAUUCAAAGAAAAGUUUCCCAAUCAUACCAACGCUACCCGUUUGGAUACAAACUUUAUUAUCAAAAACGGACAUUUGACCGAAUUGAUGAAAAAGUCGGAAAAAGCUUACGAUAGUAGUCCGCGAACGGUGCCGGGAGUUAGGACGGGCGGUAUGUCACCCGUCAAAAGUGAGAUUCUAAGCAACCAUCAAAAUGGACAUUACACAACCAGUAAUAAUAAUAAUAAUAAUCUUCGUAAAAAUAAUUUUGAUAAACACAACAUUAAUAAUAAUAAUAACGACAUUCAUGACAAUCAUAACAAUCAACACAACGAUAAUAACAAUAUUAAUCACCAAUUCAUGUCCGAUGAGGAAGAAUUGGCUAAAUUAAAGGCCAGAAUCGAGGAAAUGUAUUUGAAUGGUAGUCCGGGAACCGGAAUCAAACCUAAGAGCAAUGCAAUUGUCAUUAACGGAUCCACUCUUAGAAACAAUCAUCAAUUCGAGGCCAAUCACAACAGCGAGAGUACAACUCGUGGCAGUACUGGUGGCUCGAGUGCUGAGUCGUCUUCCAUAACAACACCGCCUCCCGGAACCAUACAGCGCGACAUAACUGGUAAUUCAGGUUCAGCCGAUUCAGUCAGAUCUCAAGCAUCGUCAACGGGCAGCGGCACAGGGCUACCGAAAUUUUGCCACCAGUGCGGCACUAAAUAUCCGUCAACUAUAGCAAAAUAUUGUUAUGAAUGCGGUUCCCGUAGGUUGGGAACUGUCGGACCAUUUAUAGCUACAUAACUAUUAGUUUAUUGAUAAAUACUAAUUAA